AUGAAUAAUAAAAAUCUAGAAGAAAUAUCUCAUGACCCUCUACUUGCUCCUGGUAAACGUAAAGGUGCCAAAAAGACGAGGACCGUUAAAGACCUUUUUGAUGAUGUUGGACCAGAAUCAGCAUUUAAAGAUAAACGCGGACGUCCUUGGUUCAAAAAUCCACGAGCAUACGUGAAACAGAAAUUAGCAUCUAAAACUCAGAAGGAUGGUGCGGAAAAACAAUCGGACUCCAGUAGCAAUGAAAGUUCUGAACUCGAAGCCUCAGAAACUGAAUCAAGCACUUCGACCAGUGACGAAGAAAAAAUUAAUGUUUUCGAGGAUAUUGAAGACCUACAAGGUGCAGAUUGGUACGAAUUAACUAAAGAUUCAGUUCCUGCUACCCAGACAAGUCAUAGAUUGGCACUGCUUCAUUUCGAUUGGGAUAACGCAAAACCAGAAACAAUUUAUAUGGUCUUAGAAUCAUUUUUACCAGCCAGAGGGCAUAUUGAAAAAGUUACAAUCUAUCCAUCCGAGUUUGGUAUUAAACGUAUGGCUGAUGAAGCUAUUCAUGGACCACUUGAACUUCGUCCAAGUGAAUCAGAUACAGAAUGCAAUGAAAACAACAAUCUGACUGUAGAGAAUUCGACUAUGGCUCUAGAUGUUGAUGAAAAAUCUGGCUGGCGUAAUGCAUCAUCUAAACUCCGACGUCGUAUUCGCGAAUAUCAAUUAGCACGAUUGAAAUAUUUCUAUGCUAUUAUUGAAUUUGAUAGUGUUGAGACAGCGGAAGCAAUUUAUACGGCUUGUGAUGGUCUUGAAUAUGAAAGUUCCGGUUCCCGGCUAGAUUUGCGUUUUGUUGAUAAUGACCAACAAUUUGAAGUUCCUUCAGAAUAUGCUCAUCUUGUAAGUGAAUGUCGGGAAAUCAAUAAAACAAAAUACGCCCCAAUCCGUUUUGAAACAAGCGCCUUACACUCAACGCGAAUCGGUAUAACUUGGGAUAAAACACCGGCUGAUCGAACAAAUUGGCUACGUGAUCAAUUUCGUCCAGAUAUUGAUCCUAAAACUACUUUAACAGAGAAUAGAGAUGAACUUUCCAAAUAUCUUGCUCUUUCUUCAAGUGGGGCCAGUACAGCGGCUAGCUCAGAUCCUGAAUCAGAACCACCUGCCCCCACUGUUCCUCGAAUUCAUCGUCAUAGGCCUAAAAAACUUCCACCAGCUGAAGUCCGUCUAGCACUUUUAGGAUUGUCAUCUACUGAUAAAGUUGAUAUGGAUGGGGAAUCAUUCAAUCAAGACGAAGAGGAAGAGGAAGAAAUCCUUGAUCUAGCCUCUCAUACUCCUAAUGAUGCUUCUGAAACUGAAGAAUAUGAUCUACGACCUGUUGAAAAGAAAAAGGAUUCACAAGUAGUGACGCCUAUAUCACGUGGAAAAGUCCGUCGUAAGGUAUUACCAGAGGCGAGGGAUUCUGAUGAUAAUGAUGAUGAAAAAAUAGAAAUGGAAGGAAAUAGCAACCCUCUUGAAUCCGAAGAUAAUUACAGUGAUAAUAAUGAUAAGAAAGCUGUUAAAUCCCCUCAGAAGAAUGACAAUAAAAGAAAGAAAAAAAUCAAACAGCGUACAAAAAUCUUAGAGAAAAAACGAAAAGUUCAAGCAAGAUUAGAACGUGAAUCGAAACUGUGGUUUGGAGAAAACAAUAACCCUGAUGAAUUAUGUGAUGAUGAUCGCUUUGAUGAAUUUCUAAGAAAUCCUGCAUUUGAUAUUAGUCAAACACAUCCAGAUUACAAGGAAGCAAGUGAUUUCUUACGUUAUAUAAAAAUGCGUCAAUCGAAAAUUGUAUGA